GUGGCGCAGCAUGAUGCGGCUGUGGCGCUCGGCCUUGCUGCGGGACCUGCUGCUGCUCGGGCCGCCGGGAGCGGCCGCCGCCGGCCCCCCGGGGCCCGGGCCCGGCCCCAGGCGCCUCCCGCCGCCGCUGGCCGCCUUGGGAGCCAGCCCCGCCGCGUCCCGCCGCGGCCCGGGGCUGCCGCCGCCUUCCGCGCGGGGUCUGUGCACUCGCUCGGAGGGAGCCUUGGAGGAGCCGGGGAAGGGGGCGCAGGCGCCGCCGCCGGUCCCGGGCGAGCCCCCCGCCGACAGCGGGCACAGCAACAGCCACGGCGGCGGGAAGGAGCUGGCCGGAGGCGGCGGCGGGGGGGAGAAUAAAAUAAAGCAAGGUCUCCUUCCUAGCUUAGAAGAUCUACUUUUCUAUACCAUUGCAGAAGGUCAAGAAAAAAUACCAGUUCAUAAGUUCAUAACUGCACUUAAAUCCACAGGAUUACGUACAUCUGAUCCCCGACUGAAAGAAUGCAUGGAUAUGUUAAGACUGACCCUUCAAACAACUUCAGAUGGAGUUAUGCUGGACAAAGACCUUUUUAAAAAGUGUGUACAAAGUAAUAUUGUGUUGCUUACUCAAGCUUUCAGGAGGAAGUUUGUCAUUCCAGAUUUUAUGUCAUUUACUUCACAUAUUGAUGAGCUGUAUGAAAGUGCUAAAAAACAAUCUGGAGGAAAGGUUGCUGACUACAUUCCACAGCUGGCCAAGUUCAGCCCUGACUUGUGGGGUGUGUCACUUUGCACAGUGGAUGGACAGAGGCAUUCUGUCGGCGAUACCAAAGUUCCAUUUUGUCUUCAGUCCUGUGUGAAGCCUUUGAAAUAUGCUAUUGCUGUUAAUGACCUUGGCACAGAGUAUGUGCACAGAUAUGUUGGUAAAGAGCCUAGUGGAUUAAGAUUCAACAAAUUGUUCCUGAAUGAAGAUGACAGGCCCCAUAACCCUAUGGUGAAUGCUGGAGCAAUUGUGAUCACAUCUUUAAUCAAGCAAGGAGCAAACAAUGCAGAAAAAUUUGACUAUGUGAUGCAAUUCAUGAAUAAAAUGGCUGGCAAUGAGUAUGUUGGAUUCAGUAAUGCUACGUUCCAGUCUGAAAGAGAGAGUGGAGAUAGAAACUUUGCAAUCGGCUAUUACUUGAAAGAAAAAAAGUGCUUUCCUGAAGGCACGGAUAUGGUUGCUAUACUAGACUUCUAUUUUCAGCUCUGCUCAAUAGAAGUAACAUGUGAAUCGGCAAGUGUGAUGGCAGCGACUCUGGCUAACGGGGGCUUUUGCCCAAUCACUGGGGAAAGAGUUCUGAGUCCUGAAGCAGUCCGGAAUACCUUGAGUUUAAUGCAUUCCUGUGGCAUGUAUGACUUCUCAGGGCAGUUUGCUUUCCAUGUUGGUCUUCCUGCUAAAUCUGGAGUUGCUGGUGGGAUUCUUCUGGUUGUUCCUAAUGUCAUGGGUUUGAUGUGCUGGUCACCUCCUUUGGACAAGAUGGGCAACAGUGUUAAAGGAAUUCACUUCUGUCAUGAUCUGGUUUCUUUGUGCAAUUUCCAUAACUACGAUAAUUUGAGGCACUUUGCAAAAAAGCUUGAUCCUCGCAGAGAAGGUGGUGAUCAGCGGCAUUCCUUUGGACCAAUGGACUAUGAGAAUCUCCAGCAAGAACUUGCUUUAAAAGAAACAGUAUGGAAAAAAGUGUCACCCGAGUCCAACGAGGACAUCUCCAGAACCGUAGUGUAUAGAAUGGAAGGUCGGGGAGAGCAAAACUAAACAAAUGGGUUCUAGCUUCAUUAAAUUCUGCAUUUUAAAAACCCUCAAGCAUCUCUAGAUUUGACUUUGAUUUGAAUAUUGUUUGCUUGGUGUUUCAUUUAUAUAUACAUUUUGUGUAAAUUCUGUAUGUUAUACCAAAAAGACUGUCGAAGUUCAAGGUGGGGGAAGAAAAGCACAUGCAAACAACAAAAAAACCUGUUAACUGACUUUUUCUAGUUACUUAAAGCACAUUUACUUUAAAAAAAAAAGGGCGGGCUAAAUCUGAAUGUUUUCAAAGAUAUACCACUUCUGUGUAUAUCUGUUUAUUUUUGUUUAUAUCUGAGAAUUUUAACUAAAUUAACAUCUAAGCAAGACGUUACAGUAUGUCCUCUGAUCAGGGUCAGCAUGUAAAGAUAGAUUAAUUUUAAUGAAAUGUAUAGUAAAAUAGUGUCAGCAAAUUACAGCCAAUUCAUCAGUCUCUAAAUAGUUUAUAUUAAGUGGAGAUAGGUUGUGAGUCAUGUUAUUACUGUAUCCUCUCUCUUUUUUUUUUUUUUUAAUAUGAGCUUUCAAAUUGCUUUGAACAGAAAUGCAUCCUCUGGACAUGCUAGUGAAGAUGAUAUAUAUAUAAUUUUUUAAAAUCAGAGCUUUAAUAAUUAUUAGUGCUAACAUAUAAAUUAAAAGAGCAAAAAUGGCUGGGGAGAACUGGGAGAAAGAGGGGAGGAAACCUGCCUGUUUGCAAGUUAACUAAUGCAGGAGAAAGAUUUCUUGCCAAACUAUUUUGAGUGUCUUGCUAGCUGCUUGUACUGCCAGCUGGUAGUUAUGACUCAGAAGUCUGUCUUACUAAUUAUGCUUGCUCCACCCUAGAGAGGAAUGUGAGGAAUCUUGGGCUGAGAGUGGUAACCAACUGAGAGUAGUGAGCAGAAAAUAUAUUCAGAGCACAGCAUGUAUGUAGGUCUUAUUAAAACUGUUUACAGUUAACUGGUAGUGUGCAUGCAUGGCCAUACUUAAAAUCAGAGGUUUUCUUUAAGUACACAUGAGCAAAUUUUUAAAAAUAUAGCAUUAAUUUCUACGUUUUACAAUGAUGGUGAGUUUACACCUCUGUCACCUUGCUAAGAAACAGGACUUUCUUGCUUCUACAGGUUACCACAUUGUUCAUCUGUAUAAUUGGAUAGUUUUGAGUAUCUUGAAUAGAGUGUAUCCUGAAAGGGUGCAUGUAAGCUUCAAAUAGGGUCAGAGGGCACAGACUUGCUAAAAUCUUGGCACUUGUAGCUAUCAGAUUCUUAGUGAUGCUAAAAUUCUUAGUUAUUAUCAAUUUUUAUAGUUUUCCCCUUUAAAAGCUUGCAGAUAAUUUGAUCUGUCCCACUCCCUGUACACAUACAGAAUCCUGUUGAAAACUUGUCCAAGUAACAAUAAAUGGUAUUAGCUGGUUCUGUAUUUUAAGAGACAAUGACAGAUGAUUCCUUUGCAAGGGUCCACCCCUUCUCCUCACCCUCUCCCCUAGUCCCUCUAUCUAAAACUCAUUCAUAUGUGAGUUUUGCAGGAGGGGAGAGAUAGGUUUGUCCUGCCCCUUUUUGUCCCAUCUGGAGGUAAAACAUGUAAAGGGUAAUAAAGCAAAGCUGAUGUUCUCUGAGCAAGCAAGCUGUUCUUAAUUGCUCCGUUUAGGUACUGUUAGUUUUGCAUAAACAUUUGAGAUAAGCUCUGACUAAACCCUGAAUAAUCUUCAUCUGGUAGUGUAUUGUUAAAGGAUGGGCUUCCUGUCUUUGAAGCCUAGGAUUAAGAUGUUUAAGCAAAACAAUACAGAACAUAAAUUUCCAGUGAAUUUGAAGUCCUGCUAGGAUGAAGAUUUAGAUUUCUGGUGCAUGUCAGUAAUAAAUCAGUCAUUAUUUGUUGAAUAACAGGUCUUUUAUAAUCUUGCCACUGAUGAUAAGGUCAAGUUUGUCAGUUACUAUCUUGAAAAGAGAGUAAAGUAAGUAAAGGCAAAGUCUUCAAUUAUAAAUAUCUCUCCUGAUUGAGGACUUUGCAAUAAACUAGUAGCUACAGAGACAUAACUAGUAUUGAGAUCCUGCAGAACUACACAUCUUUACCUGAAAUACCCUCAGUUGCAAGAGGGAACAUAAAGUGUCUGGGCUGCUGAUGAAAAGUAUUUACAGCGGUGACAUUGCUGGGUAAAUUGCUGACAUAAUUGAAAAAUGUGUGAUGCAGAAUUUGCCUGGUCUAAUUUUACAAAAGUUAUUUUCUGAUUUUUAAGUACUACUUGAAGCUAAUUUUAAAAACAUGGCUGGAGAUGGAGAAAUUGUUCCAUCUGGGUUUCAACUCGAAAAUAAGACUCUUUAUUUUUAUUUUUCAGUUAUGUGCAAAACUUAUGGUAGAGGCAAGUCCUGCAUGGGAAAUAUAAAAUUAAAGCAACUACUAGAUCUUUAAUAUGCAUAACAAGAAUACUUGGGGUACAGCUUACACAGUCUUUACUUUAGAUAUUUAUAUUACAGUUCUGUAAUACAUGCUUUUGAAGCCUGUCUCGGAAUUUAAGCCAGACUCUAGUUAGGAGGGGUCAGGAAGAGACUCCGUUGGACCAAUUAUUUUGAAACAUGCCUACACUCAGUUUCUCUUGCUCUGGCCUGCUGUGUCUGCAGAUGGCUAGUGUCCAUGGCAGGUACCAGAUAGCUGGGCCACAGCUAGUCCUGCCCUGACCACCUGCCCCUGCCUGCGUGGCCUUUGGUGAGCGGGUUGGAAGGAGCGCAGUGCUAGGGGCUGUGCACUGGGUGUCUGGAGUCUGCAAUGGUUUUGAUCUUCACCUGUGCUACCAGUAAUAGCAAUUCUUGAUAUUCAAGCAUUUUAGCUGUUUGUUUGUUUUUCUUUGUCAGCAUCAUUAACAUUUCAUUAGAAAUGUAAAUGCUUUUUAAAAUUUUAUUUUAGCAUUUGUGUUGUACUUUUUUGGCUCAGUUGUUAAGUUACCCUGUCUCGUUUUCCAUUUUUCAUUUGCAUUGUAUGUUAUUUAUGUAUCUUGAUUUCCAGCAUGCUUAUUUUUGUAUUGUUUAAUAAAUUUAUUUUAAGCUGA